GGAAUUUCAUGGGGGUAGCGCGUGUACUGAGGAGCGAGCAGUCGCACUUCAACACCAACGACGGGAACUCUUUUGCCCGUAGUCAUGUUCCUCGCGACAGCACCACCAAGUGCCCUGCGGGCCAGCGGAGGCAGGAUAUGGCUUCCCAUAAGCAGUGGCGCUGCUCCAUGGCACAGGUGGUUCUCCACAUCUCCAACACAUCGAGCCAAACACAUCAUAACAUUUGGCGAGACCUCAUCUCCCGAACUUUCUAGACUUCUCGACAGCUUCCGCCAUUACAUCGUCCUCCCGACGUACUUGGCCGGAGAGCAGCGCAAGAAGAUCUACAAUCCCAAGCUGAAGGACAUCCUCCAGAACGACCCAGUCACGAUGGAAAUCGACGGCGUGGCCUACAAAUUCCGCUACAUCAACAGGGUCACUGAACUUCCCAACACCCGCAAGAUAGUCACGCAAGCCGUGAAUGCCAUGACAACCUCGAAGGACUUCCAGAACAUCCCUCCCCUCCUCGAAGGUUGCGAGCGGGCAAAUCGCACCCUGGGCACGCCCAUCCGGAGUUCGAUGAUUAGGAGGGCCGCCAUGCACAGGUCUCUACACAUCAUAAUGGACUGUGUCAAAGCCGUGAAGCGGACCGGCUUCAAGCUCGACCACUCCGAACUCAUCAACGAGCUGCUCAUCUGGCUUCAGCUGCCAGCAGUUCAAAGCGGCUGGGACGAGGCCAAGACGAAGGUGGCCCUCAAGCAAGUCCAGCUGGUCCUGAAUCUGAUCGAGAGCGACGAGAACCACUUGCCUCGCAAGGAAUCCCAAGGCGCCUUCCCCUUCUACCGGGACCCCCAGGUCUUGGCUGCCAGGCUGCACAUGGCCGCCGCGCGGGCUGUCCACCACCAGGGAGGCAAGGAUGUGGACGGCAAGGUGACCAAGUACGCCCAGGAGCUGGUUGCGCUGUGGCCCGAAGGCGCCGGGUUACUCGACCUCCAGCCUGAUGAGUCGUACAGGGACAAAGAAAAGAUGUCGUACCUGAUCGAAAGGAACCAUUAUUUGUGGUAUGCGUCGCCCGUGCUAAACGGCUUGACACUGGCGGCGCAGGUGGUGGACCCCGGCUUAGCCAUGCAACUGCAGAACCGGGCCGACAGUGUGGAGACCGAGGUCAAGGCUGCUCUCGCUUCGGAGAAGAGGAAGCCCGGGGGGAGAGGGGAGAUGAUCUACAAUUCACUCUUCAACCCUCAAGCAAACGAAGAGGAGCUGGCAGCCGCCGAGGAGACAGCAUGAGCGGCCUAAGGGCACUUGAAGACGUUUUGUAGUGGGCUGAAUCCUAUGUACAUGUAUAUCUCUAUGUAUUGUAUCAAAAUGCGCGGCGCGGGCUAUGGCAGGACAAUGUACUUCUGCAGAUGCUCGGGGAUGGCCGAUAACAGGUUCUUGGUCUCGAGCCACUUCCUCGAGAACAACCUGUCUGCAUACCGGUACGCGCCAUCCGCGAGAAUCGUCACGACCGUGUGCCCUUUGCCCAGCUUCUCCGCCACUUCCUUGGCCGCUACCACAUUGAGCGCCGAGCUGGCGCCCAAGUACAACCCCUCCUCGUCCAAACACCUGUACACCAUCUCGAUGCUCUUCUCGUCGCUGAUAUGCAGCGACCCAUCCAACAGUUCCAGAUCC